AUGCAGCUUGUCACAGACCUGAUGCAGGCUGCUGGUUGGUCCUGUAUAGAUCGUCUUGGGGGCCAAUGGGGUCCAUCUGCCUAUGGAUCCCAUUCCAUAACCGUCAAUGUCCCGCAAAUGGUGGCAAAUGGCGCUGGCUUCGAGCAAAGGCGGGGAGGCCCACUCGAUAACGUGGAUCGAAACGCGGAUCGAACCCCUCGGGGAUUCUUCCUUGCCAUCCCUCCUUUUCUGAAUUCAACCCUCUGGCCCGUUCUCGUUGAGCAUCAGACCCUGGACUGUGUACCGUUAAAGGGUGUGGGCAUGCCGUCGUCGCCGAAUUGA